UAUAUUAUUGAGUCAUUGACUCACACUUUGACGUUAUGUUAAUCAUCGGUCACUCAAUGAUUGCAUUAUAAGGUUUUGAGUGAUUGAGUGUCUCAUCCAUUGUCGACAAUCAACUGAUCCAAAAAAUGUCUGAUUUUAUUCAUUGCAAUAUUUGUCUUCAUUAUGGACUCACUGAUCAACGGAUCAAAUAUUAUUUGACUCAAUGCGAGAAAGUUAUGUGCAGUGAAUGUCUGAAUACAGCGAUACACAAAUGCGCCAAAUGUGGACCAAAUACUUGUCGAUGGAUUGAGUUGAACAGUACCACCAAACCAGACAUACAACUCUGCUUUCAAGACAUCACAUCACAGUUCAGACGACUUGAAAAAGUAGAGAACUUUCAGAAACAACAGCGCAAUCGUCUAAUCAAAGGAUUGAUUGCUCGUAACCAACAAUUGGACGCUAAUUGCUCUCAAAAUCAACUGAAGAUAGAAAACCUUGAGAAUGAAAACAAGAUAUUAAGACAACAGAUAAAACUGUCCAAUAAUAUCGUUAAACCGACUCCAAUGGCGGCUAAUCUGUUUGAAUCAAUGUUUGAAAGUAAACUUAAAACAGAAACCAAUGAAAGUAAGACUUUUGGCGAAGAAUUGUUCACAAAUGAAGCACAAAAACAGCCAAUUUAUGACAACACUAUACCACAAAUUGAUGACCAGUUUAAGCCGCCAUUGAAUUCAAUCGAUGGAAAUCAAUUCAAAAUAAAUGAAACAAUUUUAUCAAAUCCAUCGAUUCGUUCAAUGAAUAAGAAAUACAGUCCUUUGCAAUCUAUUAGAAAUCAUAGGAUCUCUUUGGGUAAUACAUUAAAGGUUAUUCCGAGACACACAAUGUUGUCAACUGAUCCAAACAGUCGCAUCACUGAUCGUUUUAUUAACAGUUUGAAACCACCAGAACUGUCGCCAAUGACUGUCACCAAAAGUAAAGGAUUUGUAACUAAUCUGUCGACACUGUCGUCUGUCUCAACCCGAACUCCUAUUAAGUCAAGUCCAUCGACCAGCUAUUCUUCGAUUUUGAAAAUUGUCACAAUUUUCGAGACAUUCCAAUGUAAUUGA